AACAAGACAGCACUUUACCAACAAACAUACCUCCGUUUUUUUUCUCGAUGUAAAGUAACAUUGACAACCUAACAUAUAGAGGAGUCUUUCCACAAAGAUAUUUGAAUUAAUGAUAAUGUUUUGUUACUUUUGUUGUCAUUGCUGUUGUGUAUCUAAACAGAACAAGAGCUAUGUUAUAUCCGAUAGAAUUGAUGAUAUUAUUAGUGGCUAUUUACUCUCUUGAAGCCGCUAUUGAUGAUUUUGAACAGGAUAUGGGCUCGGAGAAUGUUGGGAAAGAGAAGGUGAACGUGUUGGAGCACCUGUCCCAGCUGGCCGUCAACACCACUAAUGUAUCCUUAUCUGUGGGGACCCAGAAUUGUCCGACUCUUCACAUUGGCCUGUACGCCACACUGGCAAUGCCCACACACCAGGCAUUUGGACCCAGGUUUGUAGAUGAGUUCAGUGUGCUGAUGGAGCUGCGUAGUGUUCAGCAGGAGGAGAGUAGCCUGGUCACCGUGCUCAGUCCCUACAGCCACAUCCAGCUGCAGCUCCGUCUCAACCCACACACGGUCACCUUCGUCUCCACUCACCACAGACAUUACGAGUUCCCAGUAGGUAUGCUGCCUGAUGGCCAGUGGCACCAGGUCUCUGUAGGUGUGUCCUCCAGCUGGCUGGCCCUCUAUGUGGACUGUGAGCUGGUGGAGAGGGUGAACUGGACCUACCCUGGACAGGACAUUACCACUGAUGGUCUGCUGAUGCUGGGGGGCAUCAUAGAGGGCUUUGAGACUCCAUUUGAGGGUGCUCUGAGACAGAUGACCUUUGUGAUGGGUGACCCCGACGCAGCCAGACACCAAUGUAACCUCCACCUCCCUAUGUGUGAUGGAACGGCCCCCAAAGCUCCACGCUCCCCAAGAACACCCCACACACACCAGGAUGCCGAGUUGUCCUCUGGUGACCUGCUAGAUGACUUGACAAACAGUACAGGGAGUUCCAGAGAGAGUUCCACAGAUAAAGGGGAUGCUGUCAUGGAUCCCUCCCUCCCAGAAGGCAAGUCUCCUAUCUCCCAGCACGCAACCACCCUACAACAACAAGGGAAUGGGUUUGUGGGAGUUGAUGAGGCAGACCCCUCUAUCUUCACCCUACAUCACACGGAUACAGGUACCCGUGGCAGCAAUUCCCCCUAUAAAGUAACUGCCUUGGAUGAGAACAUCACCACAGAUGCAGAAGACAGACCACAACAUGACAUCAUCGACCUGGACUCCACCGGCCCCUCCCCCAGUUUCCAAAGGAAAGGCUCUGACCAGAAGAGCCCAUCCCAAUCUGGUCACCCUGACCCCAGUGUGCUCUUGGAGGAGAACCUGUUGCCUCCUGCGGGGUCAGCAGUGGAGCAGGGAAGGAUUAGUAGUGGCUCUCUCACACAGAAGGGCCAGGGGAACAGUGAGGAGUUCGGACAGGCUGGUUCUGAUCACACAGGCUUGCUGACAGUGGCACCCAGUGAGGGUGAUGUCAUAGUCGGAUCUGACAACAAGAUUUACAGGCUCCUGAGUGGCCCUCCAGGGCCAGUUGGACCUCCAGGAGAACAAGGAUGUGCUGGCAAAGAAGGCUAUAUUGGGUUCAAGGGAGACAUGGGAUCUCAGGGUGUCAGAGGGCAGGAGGGCAGGAGAGGUGAGACAGGCCUCCCAGGUCCUCCAGGCCUACCCACCCUCUACCUGUGGAGGAACUCCCAGGAGGAUUGGACUGACUUCAGGCGAUCAUCCUUCUUCCAUUUGCUGCGUGCAGGCUGGCCUACAGAACAGGGACCUCCUGGACCGAUAGGGGAAAUGGGCAAACCUGGCCUACCAGGCAUUCCUGGAGAUCCUGGACACAGACGAAUGCCAGGACACAGGGGAGACAUGGGUUACCCUGGGCCGAAGGGUGUGUCAGGUCGAGGAGGGACCUGGGGCAGAGAUGGUCAGCAUGGCCUGGAUGGACAGCCAGGGCCACCGGGAUUGCCUGGGCUUCAGGGUCCUACAGGCUAUAAGGGAGAGAAUGCUCCUCCAGGGGAGAGAGGAGAUGAGGGUUUCACUGGCAAGACAGGUCCAUGUGGAGACAGAGGGAAGACUGGAGAGAAGGGUUCUAAAGGAGAGCCAGGGGAACCAGGUUCUGUUGGCCCACUUGGGCCGGUUGGUAAAAGAGGAGUCCAAGGGUUUUCAGGGUCACUUGGGCCUCAGGGUGAUUCUGGGUAUGAUGGCGCCCAAGGUCCAUUUGGGCCAAUGGGGGCUCCAGGUGUUACUGGUAUGAUUGGAUCACAGGGGGUGAACGGCUCAAGGGGAGAAGCAGGGCCAGAUGGACCAGUUGGCCGUAAAGGGCCUUCAGGUCCCAUAGGAUUGUCAGGACAGAGAGGUUCUCCUGCACUUCGAGGAAUCCAAGGACAUCCAGGGAUGUAUGGUCUUCCAGGUCAAAAAGGUGACAUGGGUGAAGUCGGGCCAAUGGGCAUGAAGGGUUUACCAGGCCUUGAAGGGCCCGUGGGGACUGCUGGAAUUCCAGGUCUGAAGGGGGCUCCAGGUGGCACAGGCUUCAGAGGACUAGAUGGAGACAAAGGAGAUGCUGGACGCAAAGGAGACAGGGGUUCUGUUGGUGCAUCAGGGAUCCUAGGCCGUCAGGGUGAGAGGGGUCAGAGUGGCCUCUCAGGCCUUCCUGGUGUCAGAGGUCAAGCUGGCCCCCAAGGCAUUCCGGGUGAAGACGGAGAGGUCGGCCUCCAGGGAGUGGUUGGAAAGGAGGGGUCAAAGGGCCACAGGGGAACUCCAGGCCAUAAUGGGAAAUCAGGACCUAAAGGACCCAGGGGUCGUACUGGACAGCCUGGUCUUUUUGGUAUACCUGGAAUCCUGGGUUUUAGAGGCCUCAUUGGGACUGAGGGUGCAGAAGGAAAGCCUGGUACACAGGGUGACCUUGGUUCUGCUGGUAUUCGUGGAACUAAAGGACACAGAGGAUUUUCAGGUCUGGGGGGAGCACCAGGACGAGCAGGUCCACCAGGUUCUCAGGGUCCUCCAGGAAAGUCUGGACAAGACGCCAGUCCUGGGCCACCUGGUGAUAGGGGCUUCACAGGGAAAGAUGGCGUGGAGGGUCGCCAGGGGCCAGUGGGCAUGUAUGGCUACCCAGGAGCAGUGGGUUUAACUGGGAGACCUGGUCAUUUUGGAGAGAGGGGGGAACCUGGUGUGAGAGGUCCCGCUGGUAUCCCUGGGAAGAGUGGACCACCAGGGUUAAAGGGAUCUCUUGGAGAGAGAGGGCCGGCUGGACCUCAGGGUCGUCAAGGAGACGAUGGACUCAAUGGCAUACAGGGGUCACCAGGUCCUCCAGGCCUACCAGGGCCAGAGGGCAAGACAGGAAAGCCAGGCCCCCCAGGAAGCCAGGGGCCUCUGGGGCCUCAGGUGCUAGCCGGACCCACCGGGUUUCCAGGCACUCCUGGGAUAGAUGGAGUAACGGGGCAGGUUGGAGAAAAUGGAGUGCAGGGAGCAGCAGGGCCUGUUGGGGACAGUGGGCCAUCUGGACUGGAUGGACAGCAGGGUCCCCCAGGAACAGUUGGUGAGGAGGGGCCAUCUGGCAGGAAGGGGGAACCGGGAGCUCCAGGUCCCUUUGGAAAGGCAGGGCCGAAUGGACUACAGGGAGAGCCAGGUGCACAGGGCUCCCAGGGGAUGCAGGGUGAGACUGGGCCAAGGGGCAAAGAGGGAGAGAUGGGAGGUUUCGGCAAUAGAGGAUAUCCUGGUCCUAAAGGACAAAAGGGGGACAUAGGACCUCGUGGAUUUUCUUGGUUGGAGGGGCCCUCAGGAGCUCUUGGGGACAAUGGGAAAAGAGGAGUGAAGGGAGAGAAGGGCUACGUAGGACUACGAGGCCAGGUGGGGUUGAUGGGGGAAGCUGGACCAUCAGGCUUGUCUGGACUGGAAGGUGUUCCAGGACCUUUUGGAUUAGCUGGGGCUGAUGGACCACAAGGGCAGAAGGGGGACAAAGGCCCUUAUGGUAUGGCUGGGAACCCUGGAAACUCAGGCCUUAAGGGGAUGUCAGGCAUCAGUGGAGUGAAUGGUGACAUGGGGAAACAUGGACCAAAGGGAGUGCGGGGAGGCAUGGGGAGACAGGGAGAGAUUGGUCCAAAGGGUUUCCCCGGACUUAAGGGGCCCAAAGACGAGCCUGGAGAUAAAGGAGAACCAGGAGAGCAGGGGCCAGAGGGUCUUCCAGGCGACAGGGGGCCCCAAGCGUCUCCUGGAUUGAAGGGUUUGCCUGGUGAGGUGGGGCCUCAGGGAACUGUUGGCCCACCAGGACCUUUGGGACCAAAAGGUCAAACAGGCCCUGAGGGGAGACUAGGCCAGAAAGGUCAAAAGGGGUAUGAUGGUCGAAAUGGGUAUCCAGGAAAGACCGGACACAUUGGAAGGAGGGGGAAUAGAGGAAAAACUGGAAGCAAAGGCUUAGGUGGAGAGAGAGGAGAAAAGGGAAAGAGGGGAGAUUUUGGUUCAACCGGGCCUCCAGGAAGACAAGGGCCUUACGGGACACCUGGCUUACACGGAGAGAAGGGUCUAAUGGGUGGACCAGGUAUAGAGGGAGAGAAGGGGAAGAUGGGAUUAACAGGUCCUCCUGGAGGUCAGGGGUUGAAGGGGACACAAGGCCUUUUGGGUCAGACAGGGAGGGCUGGUCUAAAAGGAGAACAAGGAGACAUUGGUCCUCAUGGGGAAUGGGGGACUCCAGGUCUACCUGGACUGCCUGGUUUGUUUGGAAAAAAGGGUCUAAAAGGAUUUGCUGGAACAACAGGUCCUGUUGGAGUGAGAGGCCUGCCUGGCCUCCCUGGACCUCCUGGCCCCCCUGGAACCUCUCUGAAUCUCUCUCUGGCACAACUCAAGGCAAGUCGUUGGUAAUCUAUCCAAGCACAUCCAAAUACUUCCAUUUUGAAACUAAAGC